AUGUGUUUAGUGUUUGUGUGUGGAAAGGAUGAACAAGUGGUGUCAAGACAGCCAGCACCUGGGUCGUGUCCUUAUUGUGGAGGGAUGAUCCAAGCUGUGGACGUGGAUAGCCACUGGAAUUUCUGUUUCCUACCCUUGUAUCACAAGAUCAAACGCAGGCACUAUUGCACCAUGUGUUCCAGAAAACUCUUGGUCAAGUAGCUCUUGUCAUCAUCCAUCAUCAGCCAAGGAAGAAAAGCUAUUAGUCGCACUUUUUUUUACAGUUUUCAUCUACUGUUAACCUUGUAUAUACCUGUAAUUGCUUUACAAAAUACAGAUUGCAGAAGCCAGACAUAUGAUUUUGUCCAUCAAUAA